AUGGCAUCUCAGAGGCCUAUAUACAGUCGCGAACAGCUCGUCAAAUAUGUCAGCUAUAUUUAUAACCUCCCGUUAGACCAAGGAUUGACCAAACUAUCAGAAAUUGAGGAUCUCGUCCGGCUUGACCCUCUCAAGGCAUUAACUACGCUUCAGCAACGGCAGCUCGCAGCCAUACCGUUUUCCAAUGUGGUGCUACACUACUCGCAGCACCGUACCAUCUCCCUGGACCAUGACCGCCUAUUCCAUAAACUCAUUGAGAGGGGCCUGGGUGGCUACUGA